CCUGCGGAGACGGCGACGGCGAGAGACGGGGAGGGCUUCCGGGGCUCCCGGCCUAACCGCCGAGAGCUGCAGUCAUGGCGGCCGCAGUGUGGGGCUUCUUUUCCUUCCUUCUGCUGAUGCUCUCAAGGGAUGCUCAGAGCUCGGAGGUGUCUGGGGCUACCUCCGAGGGCUCAGGAGGGAGUGGGGUCAGCAUCGGAGAUCGCUUCAAGAUUGAGGGGCGUGCGGUUGUUCCUGGUGUGAAGCCCCAGGACUGGAUCUCGGCGGCCCGAGUGCUGGUAGACGGAGAGGAGCAUGUCGGCUUCCUUAAGACAGAUGGGAGUUUUGUGGUUCAUGAUAUACCUUCUGGAUCUUAUGUAGUGGAAGUUAUUUCUCCAGCUUACAGGUUUGAUCCUGUCCGAGUAGAUAUCACUUCAAAAGGCAAAAUGAGAGCGAGAUAUGUGAAUUACAUCAAAACAUCAGAAGUGGUCAGACUGCCCUAUCCUCUCCAAAUGAAAUCUUCAGGCCCACCUUCUUACUUUAUUAAAAGGGAAUCUUGGGGCUGGACAGACUUUCUGAUGAACCCAAUGGUUAUGAUGAUGGUUCUUCCAUUAUUGAUAUUUGUGCUUCUGCCCAAAGUGGUCAACACAAGUGAUCCUGACAUGAGGCGGGAGAUGGAGCAGUCAAUGAAUAUGCUGAAUUCCAAUCAUGAAUUGCCUGAUGUUUCUGAGUUCAUGACAAGACUCUUCUCUUCAAAAUCAUCUGGCAAAUCUAGCAGUGGCAGCAGUAAAACAGGCAAAAGUGGGGCUGGCAAAAGGAGGUAGUCAGGCAAGCCAGAGAUGGCAUUUGCACAAGCAUGGCAACACUGGGUGACAUCCAAGUCUUGAGGGAGAACCGUGUGAAGCAACUACUGUAAACUUGAGUCAUCCUUAAAGUUGAUCUCGUAUAACUGUUGUAUGUGAUAACUCUUCAGCACAUGUUUUGUAUUUGGUACACAAGAAAACCCAGCUUUCAUCCUUUGUCUGUAUGAGGUCAAUAUUGAUGUCACUGAAUUAAUUACAGUGUCCUAUAGAAAAUGACAUUAAUAAAUUAUAUGAAGUACUAUACAUUAUGUAUAUUAAAAUAAGUCUUAAUCCAGAGAUAAAAUUAUCUUGUCAUUUUUUUUCCACUUAAUGUUUCCUUUAUUUCUGACAGUUUUCUUCUAUCUUUCAUUAUCGGAGGCUUGAAAUUGAUUUUUCCUGUUUAAAAAGAAGUGGUUGAUAUUUUUAGAGCAGCAUGCACUGUGGGUUUUUGUGUAACUAGACCUUUCAAAAUUCUUAGUCCUGCCCUGCCAUUUAAGAUUCCCUGAUAUUUGAAGUAGAACCACAUGUUCCUGAUGUAGUUUUAAUUUUUAUUAUUACAGUUAGUUUCAGAGUGUGGGUAUAUGAAUUAGGAUAGGUGUUAACCAAUUUUUAAAUUCUGGUUACCAUCUCUGGUUUCAUUUUACAAUUAUUGAAUAUCAGCUAUGUGCUGUGAUUCAAGGUAAGAUACAGAGAUGGAUGGUAUCCAGUGCCUGUCCUCCGUAGAGCUUAUUAUGUAGGGAGGAAGCACAAAUAAUAACAGGGAGUGAAUGGCCAGGGGAAAGAAGUGCAGCAGUAGGAGAGCCUUGUAGAGUCUGAGGAUGGAAAAUCAACCUUAGAGCUCCAUAUUGUAAUGUUGGUAGUAUAGCAGAGGUAGCUUAUAAAUCCCCUCAUCUUCCCCACUAUUGAUUCUCAGAGGUGUUGGAAUAUCCAAUCAGGAUAUCUCAUAUAUCAGGAGUGUCUCAAAACCUUUUUAUUUCAGUAAGUUACAACACCUUUUCUUUUGGACUUUGGUUGUUUUUUUUUUUUUAGCAAUCUUUUAAGUAUUUAUUUAUUUAUUUAUUGGCUGCGUUGUGUCUUCGUUGCUGCAUGCAGGCUUUCUCUAGUUGCCGCGAGCGGGGGCUACUCUUCGUUGUGGUGCGCGGGCUUCUCAUUGCGGUGGCUUCUCUUGUGGAGCACAGGCUCUAGGUGUGCAGGCUUCAGUAGUUGUGGCUCACGGGCUCUAGAGUGCAGGCUCAGUAGUUGUGGCGCACGGGCUUAGUUGCUCCGCAGCAUGUGGGAUCUUCCCGGACCAGGGCUCGAACCAGGGAAGCCCUGGAUUGUUUUAAUUAAAGAAUGCUGAGGCUGCAGUAUUGCUUCUAUUAGGGCUCCUAUCCUCUCCUAUGUUAGAGAACUCCCCUGUUGCUUUCUUGGGGUUAUUAAAUCAGCAAAAAAAAAACAACAACAAAAGAUUGGUUCCAAACUCUUAUUUUCCCUUUUAUUAUCCUAUUAUAGGUGCCAUUUUUCAUUUUGAAAUAAGGUACAUGAGUUUUCUUUUAAAGAAUUGAGUUCAAAAAAAAAAAAUCAAAGGGAAUUCGGGACUUCCCUGGU